AUGGCUUCUCCACUGAAGAUAUCACUAUUAACGCUUACCUGGAUUGAGACUGUGGUGGGAAUUCUGCUCAAUGCUUUCAUCGUAGCCAUGCCCGUCAUUUGGUGGGUGAGGUAUAACAAAGUAGAAAUGAUAGAGUUCCUGCUGGCCAGCGUGGGGAUGUCCAGAGUGGUCCUACUGAUAUUAUGGGAUGUCAUAUACCUUUGGUUCCCCAGCAAUUCAGUCCUAUUUGCAGUGGUUUCCAUGUUCCUCAGCUUCUGGAGCCUCUGGGUUGCUACAAUCCUGUGCGUCUUCUACAGCGUGAAGAUCAGUAGUUGUCACCAUCCGUUCUUCAUGUUCCUCAAGCUGAACGUCUCCAAGAUGCUGCUGGGCUUGUUCUUGGUGUCCCUGGCAAGUUCUCUCCUAUUCAGCCUCCCCUUUAAAUGGCUGGUGUACAGUACCUCCAUCAACAACGCUACCAACUCUACCAACACUACCAACUCUACCGGACAAGGAGGGACCAUCCUGAAGGUCAAUAAUAUCAACCAGUUCUUCCUCAUCCUGACCGGAUCCUCGGUGCCGCUCCUUAUCUUCUGUGUGGCAGUUGCUAUUCUGAUCCGAUCCCUGUGGAGCCACACUAGGAACAUGGCCGGGGGCAACGUGGAUUUUGGGAACCCCCAGAUUCAGGCUCAUCUGAGUGCAGUUAAAAGCAUGGUCUCUUUCCUGAUUCUGUUUACCAUUUAUUUUGCCCUAUUUGUUGUAUCAUGUUUACCCCCAUUGUUGGAUGAUACUGUGUUGCAAUUGGUCUUUAACAUUAUUUCUAAUGCCUACCCGCUCCUACACUCUCUCAUCUUGGUAAUGUACAGCAGGAAGCUCAGAGAGGCUCUCUACUGGUGUCUCCAUUGUACGUGUAGAGUGCCUUCCAUGGCGAGAGGUUCAGCUUAG